GCUCAAGCUAUAGAGCUCCAUAUCAAAUCAUAUCCCUCUUUCUAUAUAGCUCUACUCCCCUCCAUUACUAACCUAGCUAGAGAGACAUAUAUAGUAUUCUAGACCCAACCAAAAGCAAAACAAUAGUGUGUGUUGGGUCAUGGUUGAGAGGUCUAUUUUCUGUCCAUAAAUACCCAUCUGCUGAACCAAACUCUUUCCACUUCUGCAAACUCUAGUUCUUGUUGCUCAACCAAAACAAAGAACCAAAAGAGAGACUCAACUCUACAAAUAAGAACUAAGAUAUUCAAUUUGGGGUAGUUUUUACCAUUUUGAUCAUCUUUGCAAAUUAUCAUGGAGUUCCCAAAACAAAUUACACCAGCUGAUGAUCCUGAGAGCUCUUCCCAAAAGAAAUUGGGAAGAGGGAAAAUCGAGAUCAAGAGGAUCGAAAACACUACCAAUCGACAAGUCACAUUCUGCAAGCGUCGCAACGGUUUGCUUAAGAAAGCAUAUGAACUAUCUGUUCUUUGUGAUGCUGAAGUUGCUCUUAUUGUUUUCUCUACCCGGGGGCGCCUCUAUGAAUAUGCUAACAACAGUGUUAGAGCAACAAUCGAAAGGUACAAGAAAGCGUGUGAUUCUUCAAACACUGGAUCUGUAACUGAGGCUAAUGUUCAGCAAGAAGCCUCCAAACUAAGAAGACAGAUCAGAGAAAUUCAGAAUUCAAACAGGCAUAUACUAGGUGAAGCUCUUAGCACUUUGAACGUCAAGGAACUCAAGAACCUAGAAGGAAGAUUGGAGAAAGGAAUCAGCAGAAUAAGAUCCAAAAAGAAUGAAAUGCUGUUUGCUGAAAUCGAAUAUAUGCAAAAGAGGGAGAUCGAGCUGCAAAAUCAUAACAAUUUUCUGAGAGCAAAGAUUGCUGAAAAUGACAGGGCACAACAGCAGCAAGCAAAUAUGAUGCCAGGAACAUCAUCUGCGUAUGAUCAAUCGAUGCCUCCUCCUCAAUCAUACGAUAGGAGCUUUCUCCCUGUAAUCCUUGAGUCCAAUCACCACUACAAUCGCCAAGGGCAGAACCAGACACCUCUCCAACUUGUUUGAAAUGCUACAAGGCAGUCUGGUGAUUUAUUCAGCCUCUUCUCCUAAAUAAUAGUGCAGAUGAGAAAUGCUAGAAGGCAGUCUGGUGAUUUAGAAGAAGUUUCCUGAAAUUUAUCAGAAUGAUUCUAGCUAGUUUAAAAAUAUAUGUAAGAAUCAGUUAAUUUGUAAACUCUUCAUGACUACCUUGAAGUCGAUACAUAAAUUCUGUACUGACUAGCUAGCUACUCCUUGUAACUGUGAACUACAACCUCUCUUUUAUGAUGUGUAACCAAAUUGUAUGACAGCAUAAUAGUUAAUUCGAUUUCUUACCCAAGUUCUAUGCUUAUUUGUUA